AAUGAAGCGAAGAAAAAGAGUUAAUUAUUUUUGAAAAAUUUUGUAAAAUUGUUAAAAUGUGCGCCUAGUUGCUCAUAAAGUUUGCCUUAGGGCUAAGUUACACAAAUUAUUAAUCAUGCGAAUGAAAUCCAAUUUUACAGCCACCAUGGCUUCUUUUACACAAAACGAAGAAAGUUUUUCAAACGACUCCAAUUACUACACAAAUACAAAAUCUACCGAUCGGAUAUCAAACAACAAUCUUGGACAUCUCUCAGAACUAGAUAAUAACAACGAAAAAGAUGGAGUCCUCUCUAAUAUUCGAGCAAAUGGUGUUUGGUCAACCAACACCUUUGACUACUCCCACUGAGGAAAUUAUAUUCGAAGACAACUUCGCUAAUGAAAUUUAUAUGAAAUACGUUGAUGAAUCCACUGGCAUUGAUCUUUUUGCAGAAAUGGAACGCGACGAGAAAUCAUAUCUUGACGAAUUUCAAUCAUUAUCAAACAAGAUCGAUCUUCCAAUUGACGAUUUUGUUGCAUCGAUUGAAAAUGCCGAUGAUAUAAUUGAGGAAACCCUUAAUCUCGGAAAUAUCAAAAACGAGCAACUCUUGAUGGAAUUCAAUUCCAUUUUGGAAGAAGUAGAAAUACAAAAUCAAUUAACUCCACCUCAAACUCCGCCUUAUCACCAUCUUUCAGGACUGCAAGAAAUUCAACAAAUUAAUACAAACAACAUUCCAGCACCAGAACAAUAUCCAAUCUUUAGCUAUCAACAACAGCAACCACAAUCAGAAAAUCAAUUCGUCUAUCUUCAAAAUGAAUCAUUGCCAAAUGAUAUUACAGUCUUUUAUGAAAACACUAAUCAAUCAAUGAUUUCAAAUGAGGAAGUUACUUGCCAUGAAAUCGUUUUUGAUCCAGAAAGUAUAAUUUCAUCUCCAACUGACAUCCAGCGAGAGCUUGAAGUUGUAGACGAAUUAGUUCGCGCCCAUUCACUUCAAAAUUCUGAUUAUGAUGACAAUGCAUCUGCAUCUUCUUCAGCAUGGUCACCACGUAGUGAGGAUUCAAGCAGUGGUUAUUCACAAUUUGAUGAUGAGCCCGUCAAAAAAUCAAGUGGCUUACGUGGCGUAUCAAAGAAACGUCCACGAGGCUAUGGACGUCAUCCUGAUGAGAAGAAAUCACGAAAGAAGGAACAAAACAAAAAUGCUGCAACUCGUUAUCGUAUAAAGAAGAAGCAAGAAGUUGAAGUCAUAAUGGACGAAGAAAGAAUUUUGAUGGACAAAAAUCGCAAGUUGUCAACAACAUAUAAAGAUACAAAGCGCGAAGUUAAAUACCUGAAAAGCUUGUUGCGAGACCUUUUCAAAGCUCGUGGAUUCAUUUAAAUAUUUUGUCAUAUAUUUCCUUUAUCAAUAUAAUUUUUACAUAUGUUAAUUUCUUUAAUAAUUAAUUAAGUUUUAUCUUUUCUUCUUCUGACUUCAUUAUAACUAUCUUUGUUUUUGAAACAAACAAAAUGCUUUUAAUAUUUGGUAACAAUUUAUUAUGGUAUAUAUCUCUAUAUAUAUUUUCAAAUUUCUACUGGUUUUUGCAAAACAAUUUCCAACCUUAUUCACAAAAUAUAUUUUAAUCAUUAGCGUUAGUUGUAUUCGUGCUUAAUUUCUUAACAACAAAAUUAUUAUUUUAGAUUUAUAAUAAGCCUCAGUGUGCACCUUUAAAAGUAAUGAUGUUUGCCAUAAAAAGUUUAUAUUUUUUUGAGAACAUCAAAACAAGUUAAUAUUUGUUUAUGACAACACUUUUAAAAGUGUUUGAUGCUAAAAUAUUAAUCAAUAUUGUAAAACUUAUAAACUUACUUAUCAACAAAUAAAAUCUGAACAACAUACAGUGGCAAC